ACUUUUCUCCUAUUCUUUCCUUCAUCAUAUUCUUCAUCAUCUUCUUCUUCAUUUUUCUGCCACCACCGUUACUGGUUCAGCUCAAACCCUCUUCACCCGUUAGCCAUUUCUCAUUUCCAUUGUACCCAAAGCUGUCUCUUUUUCAUUUCUUUCUCAUUUGUUUAAUCCAUAAUCUCUCAGGUAACAUAAAAGCUAAUGCAUCUCUCUUCUCUUCUUCCUUCAUUAUCAUCUUUUCUCACCCCUUUUGGGCAUUCACCUUGUUUUCUUUCCCUCUCUCUCAAUUAGCUCCAUUCCCAUUCUGGGUCAUAAAAAAAACUUUUUUUUGGGGAAAAAUCGUUUUUUUAACGUGUGAUCAGACCCAAAAUUAGAAAAUAGUAGAAAAAGAGGUAAGAUCAAACAGAAGAAAGGUAAAGUGAAAAUUAGGGUUUUUUUAUUUUUUGUUUUGUGUCUAAGAUGGAAAGUUUGGGUGCUAAUUCAGACCAGUACGCCACCGUUUCAUCUAAUUCAUCAUCAUCGUCAUCAUCAUCGUCUGGAGGUGUUAGUAGUAGUGAUGAUAGCAAUGGUAACAGUAAUGGAAGUCUUACCUGGUAUGGAAUGAGGUUUCCCUCUGUUAGCCCCUUUCGUUCCCCACUCUCCUUUUUAUUGGAUUACUCUGGCAUUCUACGAUCACCCGAUGAUUCUGACGCUGUGAUUGUCAACAAUGGAGUUUCUGGUUCAGAAUUAAGGUCUCAGCUUCAAACUCAACCGGUUGAUGCUGCUGCUUCGGGGAACAGUGCAGGGGAAGUUGCAAUAAGGAUCAUCGGAACUGGGGAGCAUGAUCAAAAUGAGCCAAGUGGAUCGAGCCAAGUGGGUUAUGAUGAUUGUGAUGUUGUGAUGGGUGAUAGAGAAGGACUGCCUGCAUUGGAUGAUGAUGGUGCUGAGGGUCAUGGUGGAAGUGAGAGGGUUCCUUUGGUGUCGUCUUCUUCAGCUUCGUCCUUGGCUGGUAGUGGACAGGUUGACGGUGAUGCCACUGGGAAUGGCAUAGAAAGUGAAAGUAGAGAUUCCUCUUCCUACCAGAGGUUUGAUAUCCACCAAAUUGCCAAGUGGAUUGAGCAGAUUCUUCCUUUCUCGCUCUUGUUGUUGGUUGUUUUCAUCCGCCAGCAUUUGCAAGGUUUCUUUGUCACAAUUUGGAUAUCAGCUGUGAUGUUCAAGUCAAAUGAAAUUGUUAAGAAGCAGACAGCUUUAAAGGGAGAUAGGAAAGUCUCCAUUCUUGUUGGUAUCUCUUCUGCAUUCAUGCUUCACGUGAUGUGCAUUUACUGGUGGUAUCGAAAAGAUGAUCUUUUGUACCCACUGGUCAUGUUUCCUCCAAGAGAAACACCUUUCUGGCAUGCAAUAUUCAUUAUCUUGGUCAAUGAUACAUUGGUGCGGCAAGCUGCAAUGGCUGUCAAGUGUGUCCUACUUAUCUAUUACAAAAAUGGCAAAGGUCAUAACUUCCGCCGGCAGGCUCAAAUGUUAACUUUGGUUGAGUACACCCUACUAUUGUAUCGUGCCUUGUUGCCAACACCGGUUUGGUACCGGUUUUUUCUGAACAGGGAUUAUGGCAGUCUCUUCUCAUCACUGACCACUGGGUUGUAUUUAACUUUCAAGCUCACAUCUGUCCUUGAGAAGUUCCAAUGCUUCAUUUCUGCCUUAAAAGCGUUAUCAAGCAAGGAAGUUCACUAUGGGGUUUAUGCCACAAUGGAACAGGUUAAUGCUGCUGGUGACCUAUGCGCUAUAUGUCAAGAGAAGAUGCAAGCCCCUAUCUUGUUGCGCUGUAAACACAUUUUCUGUGAAGAUUGUGUAUUAGAGUGGUUUGAGAGAGAGAGGACUUGCCCUCUAUGCCGAGCAUUGGUUAAACCUGCUGACCUCCGAACCUUUGGAGAUGGAUCGACGAGUCUGCUUUUCCAGUUGUUUUAAACUCACAAAUCUGAGUUGGAUCAUAGUUUUGAGCCAUCCACUACCUAAAAUGUGUUAUGCUCAAUGCUCUGAUUUGGUAAGAUUUUUUAUCAAUCAAUUCCUAGGAAAUGUGAUGUAGGAAAUCAUCGAAGACAUGGCUUAGACGUUCAUGUUCUCUUGUAAUGAGGUCAAAUAUGUACAAAUAACUCAACAGCCAGAUACUCAAACCCGGGGGAAUCCACUAACCUGAUAUAUUCCUCAUAUCUCAGACAGUAUGAUGAACACAAAUGUGUUCAUGAUGUCAAAUCAUUUUAACAUUCAUCUAUAUUCUAUGUCAAUUGAGUUAUUCU